GUAAUCGGCUUUGCAAUCGCACUUAACCUUCUCUUCCCAAAAGUCCCUCUAGUCGCAGGAUGCGCCAUUUCCAUCGCAGAUGUCAUGGUCAUUCUACUCUUCUACAACCCUGAUAAGUCUAUGCGAGGUCUCAGAAUAUUCGAGUACUUUAUUCUGUGCCUGGUUAUGGGAGUGGUCAUAUGCUUCUGUAUUCAGUUGUCGUUGAUACAGAACACUUCAGUCGGGGAGGUGUUCAAAGGCUAUUUGCCAUCAAAGAGCAUCGUUGAGCAACAAGGGUUGUAUCAGGCAUGCGGUAUUCUGGGCGCGACAGUCAUGCCGCACAGCCUGUACCUAGGCUCAGGCAUUGUUCAACCUCGACUACGCGAAUACGAUGUCAAGCGAGGACUCGUCCCUCGCCGCCCAUCCCCAAGCAGUACAUCCGGCAAUCAGGUCUCCGAAAAGACCUAUUAUAUCCCAUCGCUCGAAGCUAUCCAAUCCUCACUCAAGACUUCCAUAGCUGAGCUUGCCAUCGCUCUCUUCACCUUUGCGCUCUUCGUCAACUCGGCUAUCCUGAUCGUUGCCGGUGCCUCUUUAUACAAGAACCCAGACGCCGUUGACGCCGAUAUCUUCAGCAUACACGAUUUGCUCGCAUCGUCAAUCUCCCCCGCGGCGGGAAUCUUGUUUGCACUGGCUCUGCUGUUAUCUGGCAUCACGGCGGGUAUUGUCUGCACUAUCGCCGGCCAGAUGGUCAGCGAGGGUGCUCUCAACGUCAAGAUGCGUCCUUGGUUACGACGAUUGAUGACAAGAAGCAUUAGCAUCACGCCGAGUAUCAUUAUCGCUGGUGCAGUGGGUCGGUCUGGUCUGAACGCUGCCCUCAACGGCUCGCAGGUGGCCUUGAGUAUCGUUCUUCCCUUUGUCACAGCACCUCUCAUUUACUUCACGAGCAGGAAUAAGUUCAUGACUGUUAGAUUCGGUCCUGCACGACUGCAAGUUGAAGGACAACCAACGUUGGUGACGGGACAUAGGAAUGAAGGGGAUGAUGUGAAAAUGCGAAAUGCAUGGUAUACUACUGCUAUUGCAGUUGUGAUAUGGUUGAUUAUUGCCAUUAUGAACGUAGCUAAUCUGGUGCUGCUGGGCGAGGGACAGUAG